AUGUUCACAUUGGGAGUGGUGCUCAUUCAUGACAACGCCCGUCCUCACAGUGCUGCUGUGACGAAGCGUCUUCUUGACGGGUUUAAAUGGGACGUUUUUGACCAUCCGGCGUAUAGCCCAGACUUAGCACCAAGCGACUAUCACCUUUUCCCGGAACUGAAGAAAAUGCUAGGAGGGCAGAGCUUCCGAAAAGACGAUGCGCUGCAAGAUGCUGUGAAAAACCAUCUCAAAUCACUGGCGGCUAAAUUCUAUGAACAAGGUAUUAAGAAGCUUGUACCCAGGUAUGAAAAAUGCCUCAAUCUGAAUGGUGACUAUGUUAAGAAGUAACUAAUAAUGUAAAUAACUUUUGAUAAUAAAUUCAUUCAAUUAC